AUGGGAUGUGUUUCAUCUAAAAAAAAAUUAUCCAAAGCUGAUCUACAAUUUUUACAAGAGAAUACUGAAUUUUCAAAAGAACAAAUUGUUGAUUGGUAUGAAGGAUUUAUCCUUGAUUGUCCGACGGGUGAAUUGACGAAGAAGAAAUUUAUUCAAGUGUAUAGACAAUUUUUUCCAAAUGGAAAAGCAGAAGCAUUUUGCGAACACAUAUUUCGAACAUUUGAUGCUGAUAAUAGUGGAAAAAUCGAUUUUAAAGAAUUUUUGAUGGCCAUUAACAUUACAGCUAAAGGAAAUCCCGAGAAAAAACUUAAAUGGGCAUUUAAAAUGUAUGAUAUUGAUUCCAAUGGUAGUAUCGAUAGACAAGAAAUGUUUAAAAUAAUUGAAUCUAUAUAUGAUUUGUUGGGCGCUGGUGUUCCUCAGAAUGAGAAAACAAACUCAAACGAUACACCAGAAUCUCGUACAGCUCAAAUAUUUGAUGUGAUGGAUGAGGAUAAAAAUGGUGUGAUUACAGAAGAAGAAUUUAUACGUGGUUGUAUGGCUGAUCGCGUUCUUUAUCAGAUGUUAACGGCUGAUACCAGUGACCCAGAUAGAUAG